AGCAGAAUUGGCCAUGACUGUCUCCUAGGUCAUCAUCCAGCGAGAAAGGAAAGAUAGGCUGAGGAAGCUCUGGCAUCCAGGCGUCUCCCAGCGAUGAAGCUGUGUCCCACACAGUUAGUUGUUAGUGCGGUGGUGAAGGCCACACCUGGCAGUGGUUACAGUGCGUCUCCUGUGAGCAGGGGCUGUGGCUCACCCUCUCGGAGCUGCUCCGUGCAGCUACGGUGGCAGAAGAGGGAGCCCGGGCGCUCUUGGUGGAGGAGGCUGGGGAUCGCAGUGUCGGUGCUGCAUUCAGAAAAGCCUCAGCCGCAGCCGGCGAUGUGUGAAGUUCCCAGCACGCACUCAGCCCGGCUGCUCCUCACCCUCAAUUGUUGAUGAGCCUGGGCGCUCGUCAACACACAGGAGAGAUCCCAUUUUGCUUUCUGGGAGAAAGAGACGAGAAAUGAGCUGCGGAAGGUAUUUGGCAGUGAGAAGAGUGAAAGGCAGUUUCUUGCCAGCAGCUAAGUUGUAGAAUUGCUUCAGAGGCUACCCGGGGAGCGCGAUAGAAUUGACAAGAAAAGAACAGACACCGUUGCAGACCAAGGCAUGCCUGAUUGCACGAGUCGGAUCCCUGGGACGCAGCUUCCACUCCUGCUCUAACUAUUUGUGACUGAAUAAAGGAAACGAGACUAGAAACACAAUCGCAAGUGGUGUUCCUAAAAGGAAAACACAUAUACUCCAAAAGGAGGAGAGGAACAAUCUAGCCGGCGUGCACAUUUUUUUUUUUUUAAAGGAGAACCCCUCAGAGCAGAAAAAAAUCCAACGUGAUCAAUCUUUACCAAGUGGCUGCUCCAUCUUCUUGAAAGCUGUUGUAUCAGGUGUUCAGCCUUUGUCUCAGCUGCUGGCAGAUUGGAUAUUUGGCAGCAGCAGCACCUAGAUCAGAUUUGACACUACAUGGAGUUGUGUGGAAAUGACAGAGAUUCAUGAAACCCCUCCUCCAGGAAAGAAUGUCUUUCAUAGAUGGAGCUUUGCUUCCGGUUUGCACAGGACAGCGACAAUGUGGCAGAGCCACGCCUGCCCUUCCUGCUCUUUUCAGUGAUUCACAGAACAUCUGAACAGUGAUGCUUGCCUUGGAUUUUCAGAUUUUCAUCCUGAUACUUGUUUACUUUUCUGGGACAGAAAAGCUUGCACUAAUUGCUCUCCAUGGUGGCUAAUUUUUUCAAGAGCUUGAUUUUACCUUACAUUCAUAAGCUUUGCAAAGGAAUGUUUACAAAGAAAUUGGGAAAUACAAACAAAAAAAAAGAGUAUCGUCAGCAGAGAAAGGAUCAAGACUUUCCUACUGCUGGCCAGACCAAAUCCCCCAAAUUUUCUUAUACCUUUAAAAGCACUGUAAAGAAGAUUGCGAAGUGUUCAUCUACUCACAACUUAUCCACCAAGGAAGACGAGGCUAGUAAAGAGUUUUCCCUCUCGCCAACAUUCAGUUACCGAGUAGCUAUUGCCAAUGGCCUACAAAAGAAUACUAAAGUAACCAACAGUGACCAUGAGGAUCUGCUUCAAGAGCUGUCUUCAAUUGAGAGUUCCUACUCAGAAUCAUUAAAUGAACUAAGGAGUAGCACAGAAAACCAGGCACAAUCAACACACACAAUGCCAGUUAGACGCAACAGAAAGAGUUCGAGCAGCCUUGCACCCUCUGAGGGCAGCUCUGAUGGGGAGCGUACUCUACAUAGCUUAAAACUGGGGGCUUUACGAAAACUGAGAAAAUGGAAAAAGAGUCAAGAGUGUGUCUCCUCAGACUCCGAGUUAAGCACCAUGAAAAAAUCCUGGGGAAUAAGAAGCAAGUCUUUGGACAGAACUAUCCGAAACCCAAAGACAAAUGCCCUGGAACCAGGGUUCAGUUCCUCUGGCUGCAUUAGCCAGACACAUGAUGUCAUGGAAAUGAUCUUUAAGGAACUUCAGGGAAUAAGUCAGAUUGAAACAGAACUUUCUGAACUACGAGGGCAUGUCAAUGCUCUCAAGCACUCCAUCGAUGAGAUCUCUAGCAGUGUGGAGGUUGUACAAAGUGAAAUUGAGCAGCUACGUACAGGGUUUGUCCAGUCCCGGAGGGAAACUAGAGACAUCCAUGAUUAUAUUAAGCACUUAGGUCAUAUGGGUAGCAAGGCAAGCCUGAGAUUUUUAAAUGUGCCUGAAGACAGAUUUGAAUAUGUUGAAAGUGUGGUGUACCAAAUUCUAAUAGAUAAAAUGGGUUUUUCAGAUGCACCAAAUGCUAUUAAAAUUGAAUUUGCUCAGAGGAUAGGACACCAGAGGGACUGUCCAAAUGCAAAGCCUCGACCCAUACUUGUGUACUUUGAAACCCCUCAGCAAAGGGAUUCUGUCUUAAAAAAAUCAUAUAAACUCAAAGGAACAGGCAUUGGAAUUUCAACAGAUAUUCUAACUCAUGACAUCAGAGAAAGAAAAGAGAAAGGGAUACCAUCCUCCCAGACAUAUGAGAGUAUGGAUAUGAAGUUGUCUACUCCAGAGCCAAAAAUCAAGAACAAUUGGCAGUCACCUGAUGACAGUGAUGAAGAUCUUGAAUCUGACCUCAAUAGAAACAGUUACGCUGUGCUUUCCAAGUCAGAGCUUCCAACAAAGGGAAGUACUUCCAAGCCAAGCUCAAAAUCACACAGUGCUAGAUCCAAGAAUAAAACUGCUAAUAGCAGCAGAAUUUCAAAUAAAUCAGAUUAUGAUAAAAUCUCCUCACAGUUGCCAGAAUCAGAUAUCUUGGAAAAGCAAACCACAACCCAUUAUGCAGAUGCAACACCUCUCUGGCACUCACAGAGUGAUUUUUUCACUGCUAAACUUAGUCGUUCUGAAUCAGAUUUUUCCAAAUUGUGUCAGUCUUACUCAGAGGAUUUUUCAGAAAAUCAGUUUUUCACUAGAACUAAUGGAAGCUCUCUCCUGUCAUCUUCGGACCGGGAGCUAUGGCAAAGGAAACAGGAAGGAACAGCGACCCUGUAUGACAGUCCCAAGGACCAGCAUUUGAAUGGAAGUGUUCAGGGUAUCCAAGGGCAGACUGAAAUUGAAAACACAGAAACUGUGGAUAGUGGAAUGAGUAAUGGCAUGGUGUGUGCAUCUGGAGACCGGAGUCAUUACAGUGAUUCUCAGCUCUCUUUACAUGAGGAUCUUUCUCCAUGGAAGGAAUGGAAUCAAGUAGAGCAAGGAGCUGAUUUAGGCUUGGAUUCAUCCACCCAGGAAGGUUUUGAUUAUGAAACAAAUAGUCUUUCUGAGCAACAGCUGGGUGUUUACAAUAAAGACCUAGAAUACUUGGGAAAGUGCCACAGUGAUCUUCAAGAUGACUCAGAGAGCUACGACUUAACUCAAGAUGACAACUCUUCUCCAUGCCCUGGCUUGGAUAAUGAACCACAAGGCCAAUGGGUUGGCCAAUAUGAUUCUUAUCAGGGAGCUAAUUCUAAUGAGCUUUACCAAAAUCAAAACCAGUUGUCCAUGAUGUAUGGAAGUCAAAGUGAAUUGCAAAGUGAUGAUUCAGAGGAUGCCCCACCCAAAUCAUGGCAUAGUCGAUUAAGCAUCGACCUUUCUGAUAAGACUUUCAGCUUUCCAAAAUUUGGAUCUACAUUGCAGAGGGCUAAAUCAGCCUUGGAAGUAGUAUGGAACAAAAGCACACAGAGUCUGAGUGGGUAUGAGGACAGUGGCUCUUCAUUAAUGGGGAGAUUUCGGACAUUAUCUCAAUCAACUGCAAAUGAGUCAAGUACCACACUUGACUCUGAUGUCUACACGGAGCCCUAUUACUAUAAAGCAGAGGAUGAGGAGGAUUAUACUGAACCAGUGGCUGAUAAUGAAACAGAUUAUGUUGAAGUGAUGGAACAAGUCCUUGCUAAACUAGAAAACAGGACUAGUAUUACUGAAACAGAUGAACAAAUGCAAGAAUAUGAUCACCUUUUAUAUGAAACACCUUAUGAAACUCCACAAGAUGAGGGUUAUGAUGGUCCGGCAGAUGAUAUGGUUAGUGAAGAGGGAUUAGAACCCUUAAAUGAAACAUCAGCUGAGAUGGAAAUAAGAGAAGAUGAAAACCAAAACAUUCCUGAACAGCCAGUGGAGAUCACAAAGCCAAAGAGAAUUCGUCCUUCUUUCAAAGAAGCAGCUUUAAGGGCCUAUAAAAAACAAAUGGCGGAGUUGGAAGAGAGGAUCUUGGCUGGAGAUAGCAGUUCUGUGGAUGAAAAGGCUCGAAUAGUAAGCGGCAAUGAUUUGGAUGCUUGCAAAUUCUCUGCACUCCAGGUGUGUGGUGGGGCAGGAGGUGGACUUUACGGUAUUGACAGCAUGCCAGAUCUCCGCAGAAAAAAGACUUUGCCUAUUGUCCGAGAUGUGGCCAUGACCCUGGCUGCCAGGAAAUCUGGACUCUCCCUGGCUAUGGUGAUUAGGACAUCCCUAAAUAAUGAGGAACUGAAAAUGCACGUCUUCAAGAAGACCUUGCAGGCAUUGAUCUACCCUAUGUCUUCUACCACCCCACACAAUUUUGAGGUCUGGACAGCUACCACGCCCACCUACUGUUAUGAGUGUGAAGGGCUCCUGUGGGGCAUUGCAAGGCAAGGCAUGAAGUGUCUGGAGUGUGGAGUGAAAUGCCACGAAAAGUGUCAGGACCUGCUAAACGCUGACUGCUUGCAGAGAGCAGCAGAAAAGAGUUCUAAACAUGGUGCCGAAGACAAGACUCAGACCAUUAUUACAGCAAUGAAAGAAAGAAUGAAGAUCAGGGAGAAAAACCGACCGGAAGUGUUUGAAGUAAUCCAGGAAAUGUUUCAGAUUUCUAAAGAAGAUUUUGUGCAGUAUACAAAGGCGGCCAAACAGAGUGUACUGGAUGGGACAUCCAAGUGGUCUGCAAAAAUAACCAUUACAGUGGUUUCUGCACAGGGUCUACAGGCAAAAGAUAAAACAGGGUCUAGUGAUCCAUAUGUUACAGUUCAAGUUGGAAAGAACAAAAGAAGAACAAAAACCAUUUUUGGAAACUUGAAUCCAGUAUGGGAUGAGAAGUUUUAUUUUGAGUGUCAUAACUCCACAGAUCGAAUCAAAGUCAGAGUAUGGGAUGAAGAUGAUGAUAUUAAAUCCAGAGUCAAGCAACAUUUCAAAAAGGAGUCAGAUGAUUUCCUGGGACAAACAAUUGUAGAAGUGAGGACCUUGAGUGGAGAAAUGGAUGUCUGGUACAACUUAGAGAAAAGGACAGAUAAGUCAGCUGUAUCUGGGGCCAUACGAUUGAAAAUCAAUGUGGAGAUAAAAGGAGAAGAGAAGGUUGCUCCAUAUCAUAUUCAAUAUACCUGUUUACAUGAGAAUCUGUUCCAUUACUUGACUGAAGUGAAAUCUAAUGGUGGAGUGAAAAUCCCGGAAGUCGAAGGGGAUGAAGCCUGGAAGGUUUUCUUUGAUGAUGCUUCCCAGGAAAUAGUUGAUGAAUUUGCUAUGCGUUAUGGAAUUGAAUCCAUUUAUCAAGCUAUGACGCACUUUUCAUGUCUGUCUUCUAAAUACAUGUGCCCUGGUGUCCCUGCUGUCAUGAGCACCUUGCUGGCUAAUAUCAAUGCUUUUUAUGCUCACACAACAAUUUCAACAAAUGUACAGGUUUCUGCUUCAGAUCGAUUUGCUGCUACCAACUUUGGUAGGGAAAAAUUCAUAAAACUACUGGACCAGUUGCAUAACUCUCUGAGGAUUGAUCUGUCAAAGUAUAGGGAAAACUUUCCUGCAAGCAAUACUGAAAGACUGCAAGACCUGAAAUCAACUGUUGACCUGUUAACAAGUAUCACCUUUUUUAGGAUGAAGGUUCUGGAGCUGCAAAGCCCCCCAAAAGCAAGCAUGGUGGUGAAAGACUGUGUAAGGGCUUGCCUGGAUUCUACAUACAAGUAUAUUUUUGACAAUUGCCAUGAACUCUACUCCCAGCUAAUAGACCCGAGUAAGAAACAGGACAUUCCUCGUGAAGAUCAGGGACCAACCACCAAGAAUUUGGAUUUUUGGCCCCAACUUAUUACACUGAUGGUCACUAUUAUUGAUGAGGAUAAAACUGCCUACACACCUGUCCUGAAUCAGUUUCCUCAAGAGCUGAACAUGGGAAAAAUAAGUGCCGAAAUUAUGUGGACUCUUUUUGCUCUGGAUAUGAAAUAUGCAUUAGAAGAACAUGAAAAUCAGCGGUUAUGCAAGAGCACCGAUUAUAUGAACUUGCAUUUCAAAGUUAAAUGGUUUUAUAAUGAAUAUGUGCGUGAACUUCCCGCCUUCAAGGAUGCUGUUCCUGAAUACUCCUUGUGGUUUGAACCUUUUGUCAUGCAGUGGCUAGAUGAAAACGAAGAUGUGUCGAUGGAAUUCCUUCAUGGAGCAUUGGGAAGAGACAAAAAAGAUGGAUUCCAGCAGACAUCUGAGCAUGCCCUCUUUUCUUGCUCCGUGGUUGAUGUGUUUGCUCAGCUGAAUCAGAGCUUUGAGAUUAUUAAGAAACUGGAAUGCCCUAAUCCUGAAGCGUUAUCUCACUUAAUGAGAAGAUUUGCAAAGACUAUCAACAAAGUGCUGCUCCAGUAUGCUGCAAUUGUAUCAAGUGAUUUCAGUUCCUAUUGUGAUAAGGAAAAUGUGCCCUGUAUCUUGAUGAACAAUAUUCAACAAUUGCGGGUCCAGCUGGAAAAAAUGUUUGAAUCCAUGGGAGGGAAAGAGCUAGAUUCUGAAGCUAGUACUAUUCUAAAAGAACUUCAGGUUAAGCUCAGUGGAGUCCUGGAUGAGCUCAGCGUCACGUACGGUGAAAGUUUCCAGGUUAUAAUUGAAGAGUGUAUAAAACAGAUGAGUUUCGAAUUAAAUCAAAUGAGAGCAAAUGGAAACACCACAUCUAAUAAGAACAGUGCAGCAAUGGAUGCAGAGAUUGUGUUAAGACCUCUCAUGGAUUUUUUGGACAAAACAUUAAGUCUCUCAGCAAAAAUCUGUGAGAAAACAGUCCUAAAGCGAGUUUUGAAAGAGUUAUGGAAGCUAGUUCUCAAUAAAAUAGAAAAACAAAUCGUUCUUCCUCCUCUGACAGAUCAAACAGGACCCCAGAUGAUUUUCAUUGCAGCUAAAGAUCUUGGACAAUUAUCCAAACUGAAGGAGCACAUGAUUCGAGAGGAUGCCAAGGGUCUGACGCCAAGACAAUGCGCUAUAAUGGAGGUAGUCCUGGCUACCAUCAAACAAUACUUCCAUGCAGGAGGAAAUGGCCUGAAAAAGAAUUUCUUGGAGAAAAGCCCAGAUCUUCAGUCUCUGAGAUAUGCUCUCAGUCUUUAUACCCAAACUACUGAUGCCUUGAUAAAGAAAUUCAUAGAUACUCAAACCUCACAGAGUCUCUCCUCCAAAGAUGCCGUGGGUCAGAUAUCUGUUCAUGUGGACAUCACAGCCACCCCUGGAACGAGCGAUCAUAAAGUCACUGUAAAAGUGAUUGCCAUUAAUGACCUAAACUGGCAGACCACAGCCAUGUUCCGCCCCUUUGUGGAAGUUUGUAUACUGGGACCGAACCUUGGAGACAAGAAGAGAAAACAAGGCACAAAAACAAAAAGCAACACGUGGUCACCAAAAUACAAUGAAACAUUUCAGUUCAUUCUGGGAAAGGAAAAUCGACCAGGGGCUUAUGAACUUCAUCUCUCAGUUAAGGAUUACUGCUUUGCCAGAGAAGAUCGAAUUAUCGGAAUGACAGUCAUUCAGCUACAGAACAUAGCAGAAAAGGGAAGCUAUGGGGCAUGGUAUCCUCUUCUGAAAAAUAUCUUUAUGGAUGAAACUGGUUUGACUAUCCUUAGAAUACUCUCUCAGAGGACCAGUGAUGAUGUGGCUAAAGAAUUUGUAAGACUUAAAUCUGAAACAAGAUCUCCUGAAGAGAGUGCUUGAAACAAACACUGCAAGCUAAAUUCAUAACUAUAAUUGUUUGACUACUGCAUGCAUGUGCAUAUACAUGGGAAUGUUUAUUUCACUACAUUUCAAUGUUUGCCAGUACUCAUGUACGAUGUCUACAAGGUAUGUUAAAAAAAACCUGCUGAACUUUUAUAUCAAUUCUGGUCUUUGGGAAAUAAGUGUUCCAAUGAAGUGCCAAAAUUAUGAUGUAAAGUGAAAUAUCAAGAACACCUUUUAACAUGUUUAUUUUGUUUCUUUACCUAUUUCACAUUCACGAAACAUAAUUUUAAAAACUAGUCUUUUGGGUUCGCCCAUCAGUUGUCUUUGUUAAAUUAGUUUAUAUUGCCCAUAGAUCAGAAAACAUUUAUUACUCAAUUUCCAUUUUAUUUACUUACCUCAUUAUAGAUGUCUUACAAAUACCCUUUUCUACCAUAACUAGAAAUGCAGUCACUUCUAGAAAGCAUUUGUAAUUUUAUAGUUGCAGAUAUAUUGUGAUUUUUGCAUACAAAUUAAAAUAGAAAAGGUGGGAAAUAUUUUCUGCUGACCAGUUUCCAACCUUUCUGAAAUAUCACUGUGAAGAAAUGCUGUUAAAGCAGACUUACACAAAGCAAUGCUAGAGUUUGUUAACAAUGUUUGAUAUAUAUUGACAAAAAACUUUGUUCUUUAAAACUGCCAAGGUCACAUCACAUUUGUAAAAAUGGUAAGUUAAUGCAUUUGUCAUAUACUGUUAUGUCUUAGCUUUACCGUAUUUCAUUCUUUAAAAAGUCAUUGGGUUAAUGGUUUAGAAAUGGGAUGGAAGGUUCAUUGAAAAAUACCUGUAAGUAACUAUCUUGUUAAUAUCUUCCGUCUGACAGUUAUGACUCUAUAAUCAGUUCAAUGCUUUCUUUUUAAAAAUAUUCAAUGAUUGAUUAGUAUUGAAUGCAAUAUUCCUAUAUAUUGUACUGAUGCCAAAAGUCAUGCUUUCAUCCAUUUAGUGAAAAAAUAGUAAAAUUAAGUCAGAAGAAAUUGCUCUCAAUUUUGUAAUUUGUAUUUAUACGCCCCAAAUGCAUCAAAUGCAGUAGGAGAAUAAUAUAAUACAGCUUGGUACCUAAAUAUAGCUAAGUUGGUUUUUGAAUAUAAAAGUUUAUGAAUAUUUGCAUUUUCUGUAUUUUUAUGAUUUGACUUUUUAGAGUCUAUGCCAACAUAUAUGGCUGUAAAACAGUACUUUGUAAUUAUAACUUAUGGUCAUAACUGUUAGUGGACUACUUACAGAAGCAAGAGCCUGUUAUAAUGACUGUACUUUGUGAACAGGCUGAUCUAAUAUGUUAAGUACAGAAGUGCUGAGUAUCAUGACUGUCAGAACCAUUCUGCUACUGAGUGAGUGUGAAAUCACAGACCAGUGAUGUUGGCUAAUUCAUGUUAAACUGUUAGGCCAUUGCUUUGUUAAUGACUUCUCUAAAUGCAUAGUGUGAUGCGAUCCUCUGGCAUAUGCUUUAAUAAAUGGAUGUAUAUUGAGCACAUGCAGCA